AGCUAAAGCUAGUUGUAGUCUGUACAGCACGGAUAAAGGUUUUGUUCCUCAGUUUUUUUUUUUCAAUUAUCGCCACAAUACCGACUGAGGUUAAGUCCUUUGCUUGGCAGAAACAUGUCAUACAUUUUGGCAACUGAUACGGCGCAGACCACAGUGGAACUGCUGCAGGCGUGCAUUGAUGGAGACCUGGCCUAUGCUAAACGCCUUCUUGAGACGGGCUUCGAUCCAAACGCACGUGAUUAUCGGGGUCGCACCGGGCUGCAUCUGGCUGCUGCACGCGGGAAUGAUGAGAUCUGUCGCUUGCUGCACAAGUUUGGGGCAGACUUGCUAGCCACUGAUGCACAGGGCAACACCGCACUGCACAUGUGUGGCCAUGUAGACACCAUCCAGUUUCUGGUGUCCAAUGGACUCAAGAUCGACAUCUGCAAUCAUAAUGGAGCAACUCCUCUGGUGCUGGCUAAGAGACGUGGCGUAAACAAAGAUGCCCUUCGCUUGCUGGCUGGGCUGGAGGAGCAGGAGGUAAAAGGUUUCAAUCGCAGCUCUCAUUCCAGCCUAGACAAGAUGCACAUUGCUGAUUAUGAGAGUGCCAUGGAGAAUCAUUCGCUUCUUAACCCCCACCUGCACCGUAGUGAUGGGGUGCUCUCCAGCUUCCGCACCACGUGGCAGGAAUUUGUGGAGGAUCUGGGAUUCUGGAGGGUUCUGCUGCUCCUGCUCAUCAUCGCCCUGCUCUCAUUGGGCAUUGCUUACUAUGUAAGCGGCGUCCUGCCUUUCAGUUCGACCCAAGUGGAACUUGUGCAUUAGGCCUGUAAUCAUUGGCAGUAUUGAACUGAAAACGGUGCAUGAUUUAUGUUGACCGCUUUGGUGAAUCGUAUCACAGUGAACACAACUAUUCAUGCUUCUUAAAACAUUUCACACCAAGUUGUGCAGAUGAGUCUUUGUGGAUCUGUGUAAAUAGAUAAUAGUUCAUAUACCCCUGAAGCACAGUUGGGGUCUUUUACUUCAGCACAUUCUUUGUAUUCUUUUAAGAUCAUAUUUAAAAUUUGAAAAAGAUUUCUUUGUCUCAUGAUAUUGUGUUAUCUGUUUAUGCUUUGUAAUUGUGUUAAAUUGAUAAAAUAUUAUAUAUUAA